UCAAACAGCCUCAAAUAAUUCAUUCACAGGGGCCCAUUUAAUUUGUCUAACUACUGGUGGAACCAACUAAAUGGAUCCCACCAUCCUAACUAACGAAAAAAUAAAAUUUGUGUUGAUUUGCUUCCUCACCAAAAGACAUUCCUACUGUAUAUAAAUUCCUUCCCUUGGAUUACACCAGAUUUCAUAAAAAACCCGAAAGCUCUGUGAUCAAUGUCUGGACGGAGGAGAUCAAAACCUGAUCAUCAAGAACAUGAAAUUGAAGCCCUUAUUUUGCAUCUUCAACCUCUGUUAUCUGCAGGGCUGCUCCAAAGCAAUGCAUCCAAGGAAUCUAGAGUUCAGAUUCUGGAGAAAACAUGCAAUCACAUUAAGAGAUUACAUGGAGAGAUUGAUGAACUGAGUAAGAGAAUUAGUGAGCUAAUGACUUCUUCUUCAGAUACUAUACCAAGAAAAUUGCAGCACUUGCUUCAUCAGUAAUUUCUCCAUCCUUCUGUAUUUUUAUUUUUAAAUUAUCAACAAACUCAUUUUCUUGCAUUUU